GGUCGACUUAUCCUAAAGUCAAGACCCUUAUUAAAUAAAUUUAUUUAUGAUCACUAAUACAUCAUUAUUACUCUUUUGAUGUUAAUCCUUCAGUAUUAGUUCAUUAUGAUAAUCAAAAAGAGUUAAUUGGGAAUAUGUUGGAGGAUGUCAGUAGAAACACAUGAAUUUCAAGAAGAUGGAAUGGAAUUUAAAGAUGAAAAUUUAACAAUUCUUCCAGUAUUUCUUUAUCCAGAAUGGCAAAAAAAUAUUACUUCUUCGUCAUCUUCAACACAAAAUCUUGAAACUGGUACAAAACGUACAAGAGAUUCCACUUUGGAUGAAAUUAAUAGUAAUUCUACGUUAAAAUACAAAAAGGAAAUUCUAUCAUUGAUGUUUAAUCAAGGUCAAUUAUUCAAUGAUCUUAAAUCAUCGAAUAAGAAAAGAUCAAAGUAUGAUGAAGAUAUUGGCACAGCAAUGAAUAUUUCUGAUCAACCUCAGGAUAAUCAAACGACGCAAACGUCAAAAAAAUCAAAUAGUGGAAAGUCUUCACCAAAUCGUGGGGAUAAUAAAGACUCGUUACGUGAGAGAAGAAAAGAAAUGUUUCCAAAAAGAUUACCGAAAUCCCAACAUUCUUUUACAUCAGUAGCUUAUAUUUGUAAAGGACCUGAUUACAAGGAAACUGAUUUGAUGCGAGGAAAUUCUGUUACAGCCCCAGACGGUACUGUCAUCCAUCCGCAUCAAGUUAUGGAUCCAUCACGUCCUGGGAUGACUUUUAUUAUAUUGGAUGUUCCUUCUACUUCGUAUAUUUCUUCAGUGUGUGAGUCACCUGAAUUUGUUACAUAUCAGAAAAGUAAUAAGGAUACACAACCUCGAGUUAUUAUUCAUAUGGUUGGAAACGGUGUAUUAGAAGAUAAAAGAUAUCAGGAAUGGAUGAACAAAUUUGGUCCAGAAACUGAGCCUAUCAUUGCAAAUGAGAAAUAUUGUCCUCAACGAAUUAUUUUUUACAGUUCGGCGCUUAUGGAUAACAUUCCUAAGAAGGCAUCAUUCGCCGUUCCAAUGAUGAUAUAUCAAACAGAACCAAGUUUUAAACUUGAUAUGUCCCAGUUAGGACCUGUAUUUGAUCAUAAUAUAGAAUCUGGUAAAUUAUUAGAGUCAUCAGAUGAUUAUCUAAACAUUGCGGAAGAAGUUAAGCAGGAAGUUGCGAGAUCGCAUUCAGAAGCAAAAAAUAUCCCCGGUAAAGACGUUAUUAUCACAACACUUGGAACAGGAUCUCGAAUGAGUGCAACCUUGAUUAAAAUUCCAAAUAAUGGAUUUAUUCUUCUCGAUGUUGGGGAAGGAACACUUGGUUCAAUGUCAAGACACUUUGGACCAUAUGAUCAACCUCAUGGUGAUGACCAAACAAGUUUAGAGAGUCGCAUAAGCAAUUUGAAAUGUAUUUUUAUAUCGCAUAUGCACGCAGAUCACCAUCUUGGCAUAGUUCGCGUUUUAAAGAAAUGGAAUGAGAUACAUAAGGGUGUGGAUGAUGCAACAAUUUCCGUAUUUGGACCCUCAAGAUUACAGAAAUGGCUUGACGAAUAUAGUGAUGUUGAGGAUAUCGGAUUUUCUAAAGUUAAAUUUACAGAUAAUAAAGACCUUUUAUUUUGGAAGCAACAAAAAGGGAAUAAUACUAGUUUAGAUAGCCUACAAUAUUUGAAGAACUCGAUGAGAAUUAGUAAAGUUGAGACUGUGGCAAAAAUUGUUUAUUCUGGUGAUACUCGACCUUGUGAGGAUCUUGUGCGUGUUGGUAAGGACGCUACGCUUUUAAUUCACGAGGCAACCUUUGAGAAUGAUUUGACAGAGCAAGCCUUAAGUAAAAAUCAUAGUAUAACGGAAGAAGCCGUUUCAGUAGGUGAAAGGAUGAAUGCACAUACCUUGUUAUUAUUAACUCAUUGGUAUCCAAAAGUACCAGUAUUUACCGAUGAUCAUGGUAGAUUUGUUAAAACUUUAAAGGUAUUAUAUGCAGAUGAAAAUGAAGCAGGUAUUGAGGAAGAUGAUAAUGUAUAUGAAGAAGUUUAUAUUGAAGAUGAGGAAGAUGAUAAUGAAAAUAAAUAAGUUUAUUAAAAAUCUAUUAACGUACUUUUUUAAUAUUUAUCAUUAUUAUUAUUUAUUAUUGUU